CGACAUAUCAGUAUGUUGAUCCCCUGCUACCGCAAUGAGGCAGGUUUUCUUAGGGUUUCUGUGUUUUUAUGUUGCUUGCGGUAUGCUACCAUUGACGCCUGAACAAGAUGUACAGGUGAAGGAACGAGGAAUUGAAGUCCUGUUCCUGUCCAGCAAUAAGACCGCGGGUUACAAUGAUAUGCAGUUGUCCUUAAAGUAUAAAUACGUUGAUGUCAAUGGCAGCAUACAUAACACGACGAAUGUAGGGGACUGUUUGACGGUAAAGGCCACCAUAGAAGUCAGCGAGGAGGCACAUUACCUGGCGGCGCUUAUAGUGGCCAGAAUGACUAAGCACAUGCCUUACUCGAUCUAUAGUACAUUACUAGGGAGUGCCCAGGUAGCAGUCUUCGCUGACGGUCAGGACUGCACCAUCUUCCCGGAGUAUGCCACUGAGAGAGACAGACCGGAGUGUAACAAUACCUGUGAUGAUUCCUGUAGCGCAACGUGUACGACUGACGGCCGGAAAUACAACACUCUUGCCGGUUUAGGCGGGAACACCGCUUGUGUACUUGAGGAUAACCUCUUGUGCAAUGAUCGGGAUCCAUACUACCAAACAUACAACGUACUUGUACAUGAAUUCGCCCACACAAUCCACCAUCACCUACCCACAUCAGUCAGAACUGAGAUCACAGAGGCUUACAAUAAUGCAUAUUCUCAAGACAUCUGGCCUAAGACUUCCUACGCCAUGGCCGAUGAACUAGAAUAUUGGGCGGAGGGGACGGGCUCCUUCUUCAAGGUAGACAUAUCAACGAAUUUGGGCAGCGGCAUGAACAUGUGUAGCAACACCUUCUGUCAGACGGAAGAGGACGUACGUUACAACAUCUACGAGAAGGACCCUGACCUGUACUACGCUCUCGCAUACGUCUACGUAAAUUACGAGUUACAGAAACCCUCCCAUCUCGCCACGUGUGUCACCAGCUAAAACGUACUGAUGUUGUUCUUCAAACUUCCCAUGAUUAUUUUCACCUGAAAACAUAGAUUUAUUUUGAAAUCGCUUGACAUUCAAAGGGAAAAUAUACUUCAGAACAAAUCACAAAA